UUGUUUCUCCAUACCGCACCGCCUACCUAGAUAACCUCACCGCUCGCUCGUCGUCCGCCUUGCGCCUGGUGUUUCCGGUAUUUUCGCAUCUUCAUUCUGUUCUUUACUGCCGUUGGUGGGAGUUGCUCUGUGAUCAUCUCCCUCUUCCUUUUCCUGUACUUAUUUCUUUUUCCGGUGUUUUUUCUCGAGUGUGUCACCGGAAGCCGUUCGUUGGACCCACCACUCUCAAACCUCACGAUAAGCAGACGUCGUAGUACCCUGUCCCAGCUAUCUGCCUGCAGUCCUGUUUCUUCGCUCGCUGCCACCCUUCCCUAUCUCCAUAGUAGGGCCGCUCUUCCAUAAUGACCAUUCCUUCCAGACUCGAGGCCGAAGGGCCUCUAACUGUCCUCGUCUCGACGAGGGCGGUCAUCACCUUAGCCGACGACAGUCUCCAGCUCAGCGCAGCCACCAUAACGAUCUCGCCCAAGACGGGCAAGAUAGUUGCCGUUACGCCGAGCGUGUUGCCCAAGGCAUCAUUCCCACCGUUGACCACAUACAUCGACUAUGGCUCGAAGCUCUUGAUUCCGGGGCUCGUAGAUGCACACGUGCAUCUCAACGAGCCUGGCAGGACGGAAUGGGAAGGCUUCAACACCGGCACUAGAGCAGCCGCUUCUGGCGGCGUGACAACUGUCAUCGACAUGCCCUUGAAUGCCAUCCCGCCCACCACAACGCUGGCAGGGUUUAAGGAGAAACUGGCCGCGAGCCGGGGCCAGUGCUGGGUCGACGUAGGAUUCUACGGGGGUGUUAUCCCCGGAAACGCCGACGAACUGCUACCUCUGGUCGAGGCGGGUGUCCGUGGCUUCAAGGGUUUCCUAAUCGAGUCGGGUGUGGAAGAGUUCCCAGCCAUCUCGUCCCAAGACGUUGCGCUAGCGAUGAAAACGCUCAGUGGCUCGCCGACUACGCUCAUGUUUCACGCCGAGAUGAUCCCACCAAUCGCCGAUUCCGUCGGCGACGCUGUGCAGGCCUCGGGUCCUCCCCUAGCGCCGCACGGCGAUCUCCAAUCGUACCGGACGUUCCUCGAGUCGCGGCCGCCGUCAUUCGAAACGCACGCGAUCGACGCAAUCCUGUCUCUCGCGCACCUGGCGCCGGCCCUGCACCUGCAUAUCGUGCAUCUGUCCGCGACGGCGGCGAUCCCGCUCCUCAAGGCCGCCCGCCGCGCCGGCGUUGACAUCACCGCCGAGACCUGCUUCCACUAUCUCGGGCUCGCGGCCGAGGGCGUCGAGGACGGCGACUGCCGGUACAAGUGCUGCCCACCGAUCCGCGAGCAGCUGAACCAGGACGGACUCUGGGCCGAGCUCGUGGCGCCGGACUCGUGCAUCCGCACCGUCGUGUCGGACCACUCGCCGUGCACGCCCGAGCUCAAGCUCCUGCCGCCGCACCUUGACACCGCCCGAGCGCCCCCGAUGCACCACACCGACUCGGGCAUCGACAUGACGGCCGACGACGAGCGCGACGCGGGCGAGAAGCCGCACACGGGCGACUUCUUCGCGGCGUGGGGCGGCAUCGCGUCGGUGGGGCUGGGCCUGCCGGUGCUGUACACGGCGGCGCGGGAGCGCGGGGCGGCGCUGGACAUCGUGGACAUCGUGCGGCUGUGCUGCGCGGCGACGGCGCGGCAGGUCGGGCUGGCGCACCGCAAAGGGGGGCUGCGGGCGGGCCUCGACGCGGACGUGUGCGUGUUCGACGACGCGGAGACGUGGGUGCUGCGGCAGUCGGCGAUGCUCUGGCGCAACCGCUGCUCGCCGUGGGAGGGCAAGCAGUUCGCCGGCCGCGUCCGCGAGACCUGGCUGCGCGGCCGCAAGGUGUUCGAGCUGGGCGGCGCGAACGGCGGGUUCGUUGGCGGCGCGCCGGUCGGGGAGGCGAUCGUCGAGAAGAGGUUGGCGUGAAGAGGAGGACGGC